GCAGACACGUACCCAUAGUUAGUGAAAAUGAUUGGGGGAAUAAGAAAUAUAUUAAAUAAUUACUCCAAAUUGCCUUACUGGAUCGCUGCUUUAGAAGUGGGUCUACUGUCACUGGGAGUAGGUCUAAUAAGUGGAUGGACAUCACCCUACAUAGCAAAGCUCACAAGCCCGGAUUCCCCUAUCAAAGUAUCUGAUGCGGAAGCAUCAUGGAUAGUCGCCUUACUGAGUUUGGGUAGAAUCUUAGGUGCAAUCCUGGGUGCAAUUAGUGUCUCGCUUGUAGGAAGUAAAAGAACAGCUUUCUACGCUAGUAUCCCUCAACUUGUAGGGUGGGCACUGCUUCUAUCAGUGGACUCCAUAUACUGGAUAUACGCAUCUAGGAUCUUGUCAGGAGUAUGCCUAGGUGUCUUUUUCGUAUGCUUCCCCCUCUACAUUGGUGAAGUAGCAGACCCAGAAAUUCGAGGAGCCUUAGUGGCUCUCAUCAUGAAUUGUCAACCACUCGGAACUCUCUUAGGAAACAUAAUGGGACCCUACCUCUCUAUGUGGCAAUCAGCAACUAUAUCUUCUAUACCAAAUCUGAUCUUCCUAGCCACAUUCCUAAUGCUUCCAGAAUCACCUCAUUAUUUAGUCAAACUAGGAAAACAUCAGGAAGCUGAAGAAGCCAUCAAAUGGUACCACAGAAAAGCAAACUCUGCUGAAGAAUUGGAGAACACCAAACUAUUUGUGAAUACAAAAAACGCUCCUAGUUUCUGUAACCUAAUGAAGGAAUUUAAUAAGCCACAUAACAGGAAGGCUUUAAUCAUCGCUAACGUUUUGUUCGCCUUCUUGCAGAUUAGUGGACUCUAUACGAUUACUUUCUAUAUGGAAGUUCUUUUGAGAAAAGCUAAAGUGAAUAUUCUGGAACCUUCAAUGAUUGUGAUUUUGGUAAAUACUCUUGGAAUCGUUUCAGGAUGGAUCGGAAUGUUCGCAAUCGACAAAUGCGGAAGGAGAGUUUUAUUGGCACUUUCAAGUGGAGGAAUUUCUCUCUCUAUGAUGCUACUUUCUGCUGACUCUGCUUUAAUUCACUAUGGGUUUGACGCUGAAUCAAUUCAAUGGAUACCUAUCGUUUCAGUUUUUAUUUUCCAGUCAUUUAUAUGCAUAGGCAUGGUUCCUGUGCCUUGCACAAUUAUCAGUGAAAUUUUCUCACCCAAUAUCAAAGGCUAUGCUUCCUCUAUGGUGAGCGUUACCUCUGGAGUCUUUUCCUUCAUUUCGAGCAAAACCUACCAGAAUAUGCUAGACAUCAUGCCUGCUGAAUAUGUCUUUGCUUUCUAUGGCUCAACUAUGUUUUUGCUAGUCGUAUACUGCUUCUACAUUCCAGAAACCAAGGGAAAAACUCUACAGGAAGUUCAAGAUAUACUAGAGAAAAGGUGAACAAUGAAUGAUUAAAAAAUGUAUUGGAAUUCUCUAGCUGAAGUCAAUAUAUGCUCUGUUGUACUGUGGUUGAACUCUCUUCGUAUGCCAAAUUUUAGAUUUUUUUUACUUCUCGAAUAAGAUAAGUUUUUAUACGUGUAAAUGGUCGUCAUUUUAGAAAUAGUGUGUGAUUGUACUACUGGAAAACUUAAAUUUAAUAAAAGUUUUUCAUAGUAUAAAAAGUUUUAUUUGUGAUUUUUUUGUUAGAAUCUUAUUCAAACUUCGAGAAUGCUUGUCAAAAUGUCGACUCCUGUAUUACGCAAUUGUAAACUGACGUUACCAAGAAUAAGCUGUAAAUCUACAAAAGUGACAUUUUAUUAUCAAAUUAUCGACUCAGUUAACAUAUUUCACAACGAGUAAUAAAUGGAAUAUGAAUGUGUUUGAUGAACAAACAUUUGUGAUAUGAAUCUGUGAAAUAAAAUUUGUACAUAGUGUGUUACUUUCGACUUCUAAAAUGUAAACAAGUUUGACGUAUUUGCGAUUAGACAGCGUCUCUUCCCAUUUUUUAAUUAGAACACGCGAACUAAUUUACAGCAGAAGAUAUUCAGUUCAUUAAACACUUGUCGACGAUAUAAACGUAGCAAAUUCAAAAUCUUAAAUAAUGAUUGAAAACUCAAACAUUUCAUAACCUGUUCCAGAAAUAUCAUCAUUUA